CUUCCCUGACCAACUAUCGGAUCCAUCCGCGUCGCCGGUGCAAGAUGGCUUGAGCGUCCUCACUAUAAGUACCUCUGACGAGAAACCCGAAACCGAAUAUGAAGGCGAACACUCUUUCACUAUCGUUGCUAAGAUGUUGCAGGAUCCUCAGCUAGCUGCCGGUCAGACCUGCGAGAGGACCUCCACCAGACGAUUUGCUGAUACUCUGGAAAGCCGAGGAAACCUUAUCGCCGAGUAUGGGCGGAAGUGGAUUGUUAAAGAACACGAGGGACACAUUCGUAUCAAGGUCGAGGAAUUAUCAUGGCUUGUCGCUCUCCUUUUCGGAUUGGGUGGGUGGCGUGAAGGGCAUAAUUUCGCGCGGACUUUUUCCUAUGCACUGUGUCACUUCAUCCCUGUUCGUGGCACCUUUGCUGGCUCAUCUGUCCCUCCGUUCAAAGGCCCUGUUACUCAAGACGCACUUCCUAUGCGUCCUCGGGUAUUGGGUUUCUCGAGGCGACCUCAGAUUCCUAUCAAAGCUUACUACAGGGAUGUUACCACGAAUCCAAAACCAUCUUCUAGAACCCCAAGACCAAUCCCGAAUAAGAAAGCGCUUUCCAGCGACUACGAUCAAAACCCUUGGCUUCGUAUCAUUCAGUCGGUGCUGCAUCAUCCCGAUGAACAUCUCCUCAAGUCGAUUCGUGCAUUAGCCCAUUACAGCUCGCUCUAUGGUGAUAAAUCUGCUGGGGAUGUACGACCUAUUCGAGAUGGAAAGCGUGUUAAUACCGGUCUUGAAGGCGAUGAUGUGCUUGAUGGGACCCUGUUUGUUCGGGUUGCUGGUGAGUAUGACAGGCAAGGUCUUGGAUGGGACGAAGUAUGGAAAUAAAAGGAAAGUUGGUGCCAAAUGGAAAGAAUGACAUGUU